GGUUGCGGUUUACACAUAAACUACCUUCUCCAGUAUUUCAAAGUGUUAUGUUGUUAAACGCUCGCUGUUUUAAUUCAUUGUUGAAGAAAACGUUUGUAAACGGUUAUUAGCGUCAAGAAAAGUUAGUAAGGGAUCACAAUGGCUGCAGGUUAUGGAGUGUUUCAGUUUCGAUUUGCGCGGGAGGACGCUAGAGAAACAGUUUAAACUCAGACAAGAAAUCAUGAAAGCGUUUAUGUAUAACAAUAAAUCUGCAUGAUUUAUUGUUAUGUAUAUUCGGAAGAGUAUAACACAAAUAAAAUACACAUAACACGAUUUGAUAUUCCUUAUCUAAAAUCAACUUUUAAAAACUGUAAAACCUUCAUAACAACGGAUUUACGUAUUAAUUGUAUGCUCAAGUCGAGUUGUUAUUCUUGGAGAAAAAGAAAGAAAAAACAAAGCUUGACAAUUCAAGAACUUGUGUUUUUAUUUAGCUAUAAAACGUAGGUGAACUUUAUCACGAGUUUAUUUAUCAAGAUAUAAUACCGCGAGAUACGCAACACUCUCAGCAGAAGUAUGUAUGCCAACAGCAGCUUCAUGUCUGUGUCUAAGAAAACGAGCAGACGCCAAAAUAGCACGAUGUCAUCGAUCAGCGUCUCCAGCGACUCAUCGAUGUCCGUCAGAAGUGGCUCGACAGUUCAGUCCCCUAACACGUACUCCUUCGACCCUCCUAUCACCACCCUGCAAAGGCAGAACUCAAUACCGCUAGACUACGCACCCCCUCCGCCUAUUCCCUUAUCGAGAACACCUGAAUAUCGUAAUCAACAAGACCUAAUCCCAUUACGUCAACAAUUGUCUAUUGAAUAUGAACACAGUCGAGACCCACGGAGUCGAAAAUCAGGCCCAAACAUCCUGCGAAGAAGGAACCUAAUUCUUCUAAGCAUCGUGUCAUUAUCGUUGAGCAUCCUCUCCUCCAUGCUAAUCGCCUUCUUGUACUUCAACAAAGAGUUAAGUCAUGGCGAUGUUAAGGCAUCCAGCAUACAGGAGACCUGCUUGGAGUGCGCGGCCUUGAACUUUAUAAACGCGGAUGCCGAGUUGUUCCAGAAGCUCCUCAAGAAACAGAAAGAUGGCACGGAAUUAUGUUGUGCCAGGACCAGUGGCCAGAUGUCAGCAUUGAUUCAGUUGAUGAUUGCCAGUAAUUCAAACAUAACAUUGUCAGCCAAUCACAACAUGAAACAGUUCCUCUUUAGCCCAGUUAGUGCGCAUGUCAGCUUUCAAGAACCGGAUUCGCCGAUUGCAAACAUGUUCGAAAAGUCCAGUUUGAAGUUGUCCAACCCAGACGAUUGCCUGGAGCGCAACUGCAGACAUCACACCAGAAAUGUCACACUCAGGACAGACAGACUGGCCAUUGUACACCCAGGCUGGUACUUUGUGUACAGCAGUGUCUUCAUGCGUACGGUUACGUCAUGUUCCAGCCUAAAAGAGAAGAUAUGGGGCAAUUACAUAAUGCGACACAAGCGUAACAGACCCGACAGGACAGGUUGUUUGGUUAAAACUGCUCACACCUGCUGUAGUAACUGUGCAGCAGACUACCAUACAAGCUACACAGCGGGAGUGUUCAACUUGAUGGAGGGCGACGAGAUUUACAUCGAGGUUACCGCGAGUGGACUUGUGGGAUAUAAAAAGGAAUCGUCUUUCAUGGGGCUUGUUAUGUUGGGCAGUGACAAGAACGCAAUGAUGGGACUUAAACAACUUUAAAUAGAGGACUUAAACAACCUUAAAUA